AUGAGCUCAACUGCUCCCUUGGAGGUGUACAUCAAGCGAGCGUUAGGAGAUCCUACUGCCACUAUAUUCAGGCCCAGCAUUCACAUGCCACCGCCAUAUUUGAUCAAGGGGAGGUUCAAUUACAUCUUGACCUUCCGGGGCUGCUUCAAUCCGCCUCAUCAAGGACACAAGGAAACAUUAUGCCACGCCUUCUUUCGAGGUGGGGAGGGUAUACACCUGAUAGCCGCCAUCAUCUUCCCUUUGGACGACUAUUCCGUAGCCUCGAAGUACAGACGCGGAAAACCGGGCUCAAAGGACCUAGUUCUUACCCUACAAGAGCGUCUUAACCUCAUCAACAAUAGUGGUCUCCAUGGUGGCUGGCACUGGUGUCACCCACGUGGUGAGCCAGGCUCCGAAGCAUUCAAGGACCGACUCAUAUCAGAGGCCGCAACAGAUGGCUUCAACAUACGGUUCAUCACUUUAAUUGGACCUGAUCACGUUGAUCAAGAAUAUGGGUCCCCCGGAUACUGGGGGCCUACUAUAGUCGUUGGUACUGGGGAUCCAGAACGCACCAGCCUACGCAUGGAGACGGAAACGGGACUACGCAAAUUGACAGCUUACAACGACUGGCGCACCGAAACACUCGAAGAACUUUUUAUCCAGCAGUUGGGAGCUGGCGGUAACUUGACGUGGCUGGAGCAGAAGUUAUCAAUGCUUUUUCCGCGCGCAAUGGCGAACCUUCCGGGCGACCGUACGUACGAUGCCAUGUCUUGCACAACCACAGCUAAUCUUGAUCCAGGCGACGAGCGGCUCCAGAUGAUCAAGGAUCGACUACGUACAGGUAUCUGGCGCCUUGGACAGACGCGAAUGUGUCACCGCUCUACAGGACCACCUACAGAAUGGCUGCGUUAUGUGCCCACACGCUUCUUCGGUAUGACAGGCGGUGUCUGGUUUCUCGGCUACAAAGAGGAACCACUAUCAUCAACACGACUUCGCCGCGCUCUCGCAGCCUCCAAUGAUGGAGAACAGCUUAGCAAGUCCAUCACGGACGUUGCACUCAGCCCAUGGCUACUAGACCGAUAUGUAAAGUCGCACGCCGCUGAUACGACCCCUAAACGCAAACGUCCCGCGGAAGAGGACAAAGGAGCCGAGGCGAAACGCUUGGAGCGAGAAGGACAACAACGCCAGUUCAAGAGGCUAAAGCAACACUUUGCGCGAAACGAUAAUGCGUACAAAGCCAACCAAAGGAGGGCCUGGCGGGGUCGAGAGAUGAGCGAUUUUCGUCAUUGGAACCGAUUGGAAUGGCAGGAUCGUAGGGAUUUUUAUAAAGCAGAGCGCGCCAUGACUCAGGACUGGAAGACGCUCAAAGAUCCAAUCAGGAAGGAGAAUAUCUUGUUUGAGUAUUUGGAGAAGAUGCUUCAAGAGAGGAAAAAGAUUGCGGAUGCGCGUGCUAAGGUAGCGGCGCAAAAGCCUGACCAUGCAUAG